AUGGAAGAUUUCCUUCCCUUCCCUUUCGAGGAGUGGGUCCAGGAACCAGAGGUCAUAAUUGGUCUGGUGAUGGCUGCAGUUGCUCCAGUGGCUGUACCGGCAUUGAUAUGUUCCGAAUUUUGGUUCAGUGGCGGCUCGUCAGAUGGCGUGCACAAGGACACAGCAUACUAUCAAGAAGUUGUGCGGACUACUGCGCUUCUUUGGGAAGGCAGCUGUGUCUUCCUCUUGGUGUAUGGUUGUGUCCAAUAUACAACGGUUGGUGCCAUGAUCGGAGUGUUCUUCUAUUCCCUUGUACGGUCGAUUGCGAUGACUAUAGUGACCUAUGCUCGGGUGAAGAACGAAAACAACGGGCACGGCGUGACAGAUGAGCCACUAGAGCCCGUCAGUGUGUACACGGACAUUGAGGCCGGCACGUUCCUGAAGUGUGCAAGCGUGUUUGUGCUUCAGAUGUUGCUCUAUGUUUUGCUGCUACGGUGGAUAGCCUCGAAGUCCUUUUCCGAAGAAGAAACAACAGAGCCAGAGUUGCUGCGGUAUGCAGCAGGCUCCGUUGUUGCCACUGUGCAGCGCGUGAUGAGCCAAGGGUUCCACUCAGGCGAGCUAAAGCCAUUUUGGAUGACAUACUUCUUCAGUUGUCACGGACAAUAUCGUCGACACUAUCACUACCCCAAGAUGCGCUUACUCAUGUCGUGGAUCGUGAAUGAUAUCCUUUUCACUACGGUAUUCUUGCUCUUGCCACUCGUGACCAUGGGUUCUGACAACGACAUGGAGUUUGUCAAGGAUUGCACUGCCGUUCUUUUCAUAUCCCAAUUCGACAGCUUUGAGGCAGACAUUGGUGAAGGGCAUUAUUUGCGAGCAGAGCGUGAAGACAAGGACGAGAAAGGAGGUAAAGACACAGUUCCCACAGAGCUUGCAACGCACACGGCAGAAGCCGUUUCGGACCAAGGCACUGAACUGGAAGAGCAAACUGGAGUCAAGCAUGCCAAGGUUGAGACAAAGAGCAGCAUGUAG